AUGCUCUCCCGGCGAGCCUUGACGUUGGCCGCAUCUUCCGCACGAUCACUUGCCCGCACCCGACCUCAAUCCCAAGUCCAGCCUCAAUUCCGCCUCCCUCGAGCUCAGUUCUCGGUUGCGAGAUGUCUGAAAGCUGCUGAGCAAGAGAUAGAUGAUCCCGAAAUGAACAACAACUACAUUAACCCACCUCGAAUCAAGCGACAACACCGUGACCCGUACGCCGACUGGGACGACAAACAAGAACGGCGCAACUUUGGCGAACCCGUCCACGAAGACAAUGACGUUCUUGGUAUUUUCGCUUUGGAGGACUAUACAUUCAUGUCCAGCGCGCGAGGUCUUUUGAUGUGGGCAGGUUUCGUCACCUGCGUUCUGGGGGUGUACUAUGGCGUCGCAUACACAUAUCCUGGCAAACCGAGCGCGCCACGAGAACUUGAAGGAGGACUAUUUGAGGAGCUGGGAGGCCCGGGUGCCGUUCGGGCACGCAUGGCUGGGGACUCGGAAGAUAGUGAAUAA